CGAGGAGAUCAAACUGAAACUAGGUCUUGUACAACAGACCAUCAAGGAGUUUCCGCGGUCAGCAACUCCAUUGGUAGAUUUUGAUGCAGUCUUACUGAAGAAGUCAAAAGCCACCCCCGAGCAGUGCCUGCAGUACCGUGCCCAGAUCAAACAGCUGCAGGAUGACAUCAACAGUCUGGAGCAGGAACUGCAGGCACAGGAUCAGAAUGUCAUGGCCAUCUCUGACAUGACCCUGCAACAUUUGGAUAUGGAGCUGUGCUCAGAGUCUGGAGCUGGAGAAUCCCAGAGGGGGAGCUUUUCAGACCAGAUCUACACUGUGGAUCCCGAUCUGCACAUGCUGUCCACACUGACAGGUGUUACGUUCCAGGAUCAUACCACUACUGUCAUAAGAAAAGAACGAGACACAACUGUGGUACUUAAAACCCUCUCAGGCCAGAGCCACUCUCUGUCAUUUCAUGUGCAGAUGGAAGUGGAAGAAUUACUGGAGGCAAGCAGUCCUACCCUGUUAAAGACUGAAGGUGGGAGGAGAGGCACUGUGAACAGACUACAGGUGUCAGUGGACAAGAGGGUGGCUAUGCAAACAGACCUUCAAGCCUUUAUCACAUGGGUUGAGCAGGAGCGGGCAGUGCUGUGUUUCUUCAGGCUGUUCUCAGAGUAUUCUGAGUGGUGGAGUCUCAGGCACAAGGUCUUCCAGCACUUCAAGGACCAGUACUCAGAUGUAGUGAGGCUCAGCAUGGGUGUGUAUGGAGAGGAGCUGGAGUUCAGUCAAGUGCAGAACCCAGGAGCUUGCUUCAUCAUCAGUUGGCUGGUGACCCUGACCUCUGACCCUUGGAAAGCCAUCCCAAACAUCACAUUGAAGGUGAAGGCCAAGAAUCAAAUGCGCCAGCUGGAUGAGAAGGGGACACUACAGACAUGUGGGCAGGUGUUUCAUGACAUGGUCAAAGUGCUCGGACUGGAGCAAGCCAUACAUGCCAUUAUCAGGACAGCAACUUUAUAACAUACAUAUACAUAUACAUGCAUGUUAGGAAAAUUUUAGUUUAUUUGUGAGCUUGCCACAACUUUGUAUUCACAAUAUCCCAUUUUGUUCGCGUCAUAAUUAAUCAACACAAAGUGACGCUUAAUUCUGUUUUAGAGAACAGAUACAAACCAUGGUCAAUCUGUAUCUCAUGUAGUGUAGUACAUGUACAGUAUGUGACACAACCAUUAUGGACACGUGUGUCGUCUGACUUCUCUCUUCUGCUCUUUUCUUUUAUUGCAUUUUAGAAUACUCAUUGACCUGCCUAGGUAAGUAUACAUGGCGUAACUGUCUGGUAGAAAUACAUUUGUAAAAGGCAUUUGUCACAAGGUAUCUUCCUAUAGUUGUAAAAACAUCACACAGAGUAUGGUCCAUCAUUUUUUUUUUACAAUUCACAGCUUAUGUUUCGUAUUUGCUCAUUUUGCAGUUACUUUAGUACUAUUUACAGUAAGAUUGAAAACGUUGAUGCACUUAUAGAUGUCUAUGUCAUCCAUAUAGUCUAAUCAACAUAGCCAAACUGUGGAUGGAAGUAAACUAAGUAGCUCUGCCAUAGUUAAGUCAAUUGUUCCGCACAACAGUCUACUACAAAAUGUAUCUAUGUACAACAUAUUUUUGGAAAUGUUGGUAUAAUGUUGGACUUAUACUUUGUAUUGUGUCUCUCUCUCUCGGCUUGGCGAAUGAAGAUCGUCUGAACUCUGAAGGCUAAAAUCAUUCAAGUUGAAUACGUGGAUCAUGCAAAGGCUCAGUACUAUACAGAUCAUAUUUCUGAGGUACAAAAGUGUUGCUCAGCACCCUUAUGUUAGAAACAUAGCUCAACAAAGAUAAUUUUUCAUGCACAAAAAAUAAAUAUAUUUUGUUC